AUUUAGCGCGCGGCGCCAGGCGCGGCACUUGACACCUGCAAGUAAACAUGUAUUACUACAUGGAAGCCCGCAAGGUUCGCCAGGCGCUCCGAGAGGUCGAUCGUGUUUUGCGCCCGGCCGAUAUGGGCCAAGUAAGUCUGCUUUGCGCCGGUUCUGCCCAACAACAACAAAAAGCCUAUUCGAACAUUAAUGCACCUCCUUGCUGCCUGUUGAGGUCGUACGCUGCAGACCCCAUUGACAAAGCAAGCAACGUCCGGUUGCUCCCAGCGCCAGGCCAAGUCUUGGAAAAAAACCGAAGCGGUGCGACACCGCAUUUGCGAGAUGGCACGUCCAUAAGCCGGGAAAAUUCGUGGCGUGAUAUUUUCAAGCGGGAGGACAAGGAACUUCUGUGUUCCCCCAGUCUCGUGAUGUUCGACCACCAGCGGCGGUCUGUGGAGGACCUUGAUCGACACCCCCUCAGGAGAAGUAUUUCCCGAGCCCUAAAGACGGCUGCGACUGCGGGGGAUAAUAAUGCUUGUCAGCCCAAGGGGGCCUCGUGGGAAGGACCGUCGGGGUAUCGAAAGUGGCAUGCCCCAUAACCCGACGGCAGCACGGACUCUCGGUCCUGCAGAUACGCAAACACGAAUCCUUGGGGGCUGACUACGUGCGGCUCGUCGGCCACACGUCAUGUGCAUAUGUGCUUCGUUGUUCGUAUGUAUGUAUGACAGGGGACUGGAGGGAAGAGACAAGAAGCGACCUCGGCCUCGGGUACAAGCAGGCGGGCGCACCUUAGCCCCGGCACCUGACAAAGGUGUAUCUCGGUUCGGUCUUUCUAGCGAAAUGCAGUAGGGUGACGGCCGGAUCAUGGAGGGACGCGGCAACUGGUCCGGGGGCGGCUCGGCAUGCAUCAAUGUCUGGAAAGGAAGCGCUUCGCUUCGUUUCAUGCAUGGCAAUAUCAAGAGCCGCAUCCGACUGGAUAAGAGAGCGCCUUGGCGAAUAUUAUUGAUGCUACGGAA